CGACUUUGCUUCACAGUCAGUCGGUUCAGUCCCCAGCGAAAUGUCGUCGAGGGAGGAGGUCUAUCAGCCGAACCCGGCCCUAAGUCAGUCAUCCUUCGUUCCCACCCUCGACCUGUACAAGUCGAAGUACAGAGAGUCGCUGGACGAGCCGGAGAAGUUCUGGAGCGAAGUUUACAAGCAGUUCCACUGGGAGACACCGUACAAAAAUUUCUGCUCGUACAACUUCAACAAGAACGCCGGCCCCAUCUCGAUCAAAUGGCUCGAGGGAGCGUCCACGAAUUUAUGCUACAACCUCCUGGACCGAAACAUCAAACGUGGCCAUGGUGACAAAAUCGCUUAUUACUGGGAAGGAAACGACCCAGACGAUUACAGCAGGCUUACAUAUAAGAAGCUGUUAGAGGAAGUAUGCAGGUUUGCCAACGUCCUUAUAUCGCGAGGAAUAACAAAAGGCGACAGGGUUGCAAUUUAUAUGCCUAUGGUACUCGAAACAGUAAUUGCCAUGCUCGCCUGUUCAAGGAUAGGCGCUGUACACUCCAUAGUCUUUGCAGGCUUCUCGUCCGACUCCCUGGGUGAACGGAUGUUUGACUGCAAAUGUAAAAUACUCCUUACUACCGAUUUUGUGUGGAGAGGCGAAAAACUACUAAAGCUCAAAGAAAUCUGUGAUCAAGGUCUUAAAAAGUCAGAAUCUCUCGGACACAAAGUCAAUAAUUGCAUAGUUGUUAGGCAUCUUCCAAGACUAAGUGCGACGAUGAAUUGUACAAAUGGCGCUGCAGUAAAAAUAGCAGAAUGCAAUGUCCCUUGGAAUGACGACAAAGACUUAUGGUGGCAUGAAGAAAUGGAAGAUGCAGAACCCUCCUGCUAUCCAGUCUGGGUCGGAGCUGAAGAUCCCCUUUUUAUGCUCUACACUAGUGGAUCUACAGGGAAACCAAAAGGUGUACUUCACACGACAGGUGGAUAUUUGCUGUACGCUGCAACAACAUUCAAAUACGUCUUUGAUUAUCACCCCAAUGAUGUCUACUGGUGUACUGCUGACAUUGGAUGGAUCACAGGACACACUUAUGUUGUAUACGGUCCACUGGCAAAUGCAGCUACCAGUGUCAUUUUUGAAGGUACACCAUUCCAUCCUGACAAUGAUAGAUUUUGGGCUGUGAUAGAAAAAUACAAAGUCAAUCAGUUUUAUACUGCGCCUACUGCUCUAAGAGCAUUGAUGAAAUUUGGAGAUGAACCAGUAAAAAAACAUAACCUUAGAAGCCUGAAAGUCCUGGGGUCAGUCGGGGAACCGAUUAACAGAGAGGCAUGGAUGUGGUAUUACAAUGUCAUUGGAUCGGGGAAGUGUUCCAUUGUAGACACAUUCUGGCAAACGGAGACGGGUGGCCACGUCCUGACACCACUCCCCGGUUGUACGCCAAUGAAACCAGGAUCAGCAACAUUGCCCUUUUUCGGAGUUGAACCAGAACUGCUUGACGAAGAAGGCAGAGUGAUAGAAGGCCCCGGUGAGGGCUAUCUCGUUUUCAAACGUCCAUGGCCAGGAAUUAUGAGGACUCUUUUUGGCAAUCAUGCCCGCUUCGAGGAGACAUACUUUUCAAAGUUUCCAGGCUACUACGCCACAGGAGAUGGUGCUAGGAGGGAUGCUGAUAACUACCUCUGGGUCACAGGAAGGGUUGACGACAUGCUCAAUGUAUCUGGCCAUCUGAUGAGCACUGCGGAAGUUGAAUCUGUUCUCACUGAGCAUCCUGACGUCGCAGAGGCAGCAGUCGUAUCUAGGCCUCACCCUAUCAAAGGCCAGUGUCUCUAUUGCUUCAUAACACCAAAUGUCGGUGCCAAAUUUGACAACGUUCUUGCAUCACAACUCAAAACUAAAGUUCGUGAGAAAAUCGGUCCUUUCGCCAUGCCUGAUGUUAUCCACCAUGCUCCAGCAUUGCCGAAGACUCGUUCAGGCAAAAUUAUGAGAAGGAUUCUCAGGAAAAUAGCCAUUAACGACAGGGAUGUUGGGGACACAUCCACACUUGCCGAUGAGUCUGUUAUAAAGCAACUGUUCAGCACCAGGCCGGAGAAUCUGAACAUCUAAACUAACUAGACCCACCCUCGAGCUAACGCCAUUUCGCUAGAUUUUCUGUCUUUGAAAGUUUUACUUUUGUACAUAGCCUGUUGUAAUAUAAUUUUCCUUCUGUAAAUUAUCAUUCUUUUCUUUUAGUUUUAUUUUAACCAUUUUAUUGAUAAUUUCAAAUUGCGGCAUUUCUCGCUAGGCCUAUUUGAAUAUGUACUUAUAAACUUUCACCAGAGAUAUUUAUUUUUAUGUUUGUUAAAGAAGAAAAAAGAUAAAAUGGUGGAGGAACAGAGCUCUUGUUAUGUAGAAUCUAGUCCAGAUUAGGUGUAUGUUUACAAUUUUAGUGUGAUAUUGCACAAUAUGCUGUCUAUGUAAAAAUGCACAAAAAAUAAUGUAUAUUCAUCACAAAAUGAUGAAUGUUAUAGCAUGAAAAUAUGUAAAACAUGCACAUCUUGACAGUAUCAAAAGUAUGCUUUAAAUAUAAAAACGGAUGUAAUACAAUAAAAAAUGUUGACAAAAUCCAACUUUAAAAUUUAUUUUGAACAAAUUGUAAACAUUUUCUUUUGAUGACCAAAACUAAAAAUCUAUUUUGUAAAUAAAUAUUAGAUUUUUCAGAUAUUUUAUGACUCUGUUGGAAUUAAUUUUCAAUAUUUAUUUUUUAUUGUAGUAUGUUAAAACGUACAUGUUUUAUCAUUGACUCCUUAAAAUGUAUAAAAAAUUUAAAUAUUUUUAAGGUCAUUACAGUCGAGCAUAAGGAUCGUUCAUGGGUAACAAUAACAAUUGUGAAUAUUUGCUUUUAAGUUGUACAAAUUGAUAAAUAUAGUAAAUUAACAUUGUGUGAUUUAACGAAACCGAUACAUAUCAAUGUUCCAAUGGACAAGUGAUCAAAAUAAAAUAAUAUAGGUUUGUUGUGUGUUAAAA